GGCAUGUAAAUGAAAUUGGCAUCCUUAGCAAAUCUUCAUUUGAAGCCUAACAUUAGAGACGUAUAUCAAAACAACACAGAACUUCCAAACUACAAAGUGAGAAGCUGAUAAAAGCCUGAUGGGCACAAUGAAGCAAGAACACACUUUCUGAACAAUGACCUGCUUUAGAGAGUUGUGCGUUUUUAUCCUGGUCUUCAGAAGUGUCAUCUUGACCUGUGUGGAUUUGGGUUUUGAGAAGCUAAGUGUGAGACAAAACCCUGAGAACAUCUCUGCAACUGAAGGAGGCAAAGUAACUCUGAACUGCUUCUACUCCAUCUCAAACUUCAGUGUCAUUGAGUUCAUCUGGAGCUAUAUACCUCCUGGGGAUAACAGGUUGAACUGUACUAGACAACUUGUAAUAAACAGAUUAAAUAGCUCCAAUGAGCAAAUUUCAAAAAAACACAACAAUCGGUAUAUCAGCUCGUGGGACAUUUCCAAUAACAGAACAUCACUGGUCAUCACAACUCUGGAGCUGAAUGAUACUGGUCACUACUACUGCACAGUAUCCCUCUUUGCACCAACUAUGAUGCAGGACAGAGGAAAUGGGACCUGGUUAACUGUCCUAGGAAAGCCACCAAAAGUAUGGAAUUAUUUAUUUGGUACUAUUACAGGAUUGCUGCUGUUUGCCUUGCUGAUGCUGGGAUUUUGCUGGUGCACCAGGGAUUUUCAGGUAUUUCUCUUGUGCUGUCUUGCUCAAAUCAGCCCUAAACCUAAGGAGUUGUGUUUACUUAACCUUUCUGAUUUACAGAAAUAA